UUCGGUGCCUGUGCUUCGCAUUCCCUCCAACUCCCGAGUGGAUGUGAUCAUGGGACUGCUGCUCUGUCUGCUGAUCUCCGUUCUCUCGAUUCCCUUCUCCAACCUGCUGCUCUCUCUCACUAGGAUCCUCCUCACGCCCAUCGUUCAGCUCCACGCGAGAGCUCACUUUACAUGGCCGCCCGGCUCCCGCUUUCGCCGGAUUCCCUCCGGCCAUAACCAGGUUCUGCACCCCUGCGACAUCAACCUACUGACGGCGCGGUACGAGCGGCCGUCGGAGGGGCAGAAGGAGCCGGCGGAGUGCGUCUUCUGCUUGUCCGACAUCGAGGAGGGCGAAGAGAUCAGGGAGCUAAGAUGCAAGCACCUGUUCCACCGGCGCUGCCUCGACCGCUGGCUGGUGCACCGGCGGGCGACGUGCCCGCUGUGUCGGGACACCCUGCUACAGCGCGAACCGGCUGCCGUCAAGGGCGGCGACGAUGCGGACGGCGAUGAGGACAUGGACGACUCCGCCGCCGUGCUGCUUUCUUAUGUUCAGUGGUGGAUGUGGUGACUUCUUUCCCCUUCCGUCGCGCCGCCUUGUUCGGUUGCCUCGCUGGUUCAGGUUAAGAAGGUCGUCUGGUGUUUUUGGGG